AUGGUGGACACUGAAGCCAGUGCUGAAGGCUUGGAGGGGCAUUUGCAGCGCCAACAGCCACUGUACAACAAAUGCAUUCUGGGCUUCCUGCAUGCCCAGCUGGAGAAGCUGCAAAAGUUGGAGACGCCUGCCACUGCAACUGCAAAGCAAAAGGACAUCUUUUACUCACUUCUUGGGAAAGGAGCAAGGCUGAUUGCAAUGCACAACACCCGUUUUGAUUUCACAAACUUUCACAGGACCCAAGAUGUGUGCGAAACAGUGGAGAAGAUCCUCAAGGGCCUGAAAGAGACACUGGAUGCAUGGGGGCUGGAGGAUGACAGAUUUGUCAACUGCAACAUACCAAGCAAGCUGGUGGAAGAAGAUGAAGAGCUGCUGCGCAAGCUCCUCAAUUUUGUGCUGAAGGAGGUCCCUUGUGAAAUUGAAGAUACACUAAAGAAGCGCUGGGAGGAUAUCAAGACGAGCAAUGCACAAAUCUUGCAAUCGGUGGGCAUCGUUGAUGAACAGACACUUGAAUGGGGAAGACAGCGUGGCCAGGGCAGCCAGGGUGCAGUGUUCGAAGCAUCAUGGGGGGGCGCAAAGGUGGCCGUCAAGAAAUUCAUCAGUCGAUGGCAGGGUGACUUACCCAUUGAGAACUUUGCCUUCUUCCUCAAUGGUGCCCUGAUGCACACCCGCCUCCAUAAUCAUCCAAACAUCAUUCGGCUGUUCGCUGCCACGGCUUCAGGCUGUUUGAUCAUGGAAUGGGCAGAUUCCGAUCUGCACACUCUGUGCUGUGUUGCCGGCAAGAUGUCCUGGAGCUCAAAGUCUAGGCUGCUUCGACAGGGGGCUGCUGGUUUGGCACACAUUCAUGCUCAAAACCUCAUGCACGGGAGCGUAAAGCCACCUAACUUUCUUAUCAUUGGUACAGAUGUUGACAACUGCCGUUUGAAGAUUGGCGAUUUCGCAUUGUCCCUUGACGACACAUCAUUCAGAAGCAAGUGUGGAAAGAUGGAUAGGGAGACGAUGGCAUGGAGUGCUCCUGAGGUAUUGCAAGACAACCCCAUCAUCGACCGGAAGUCUGAUGUGUAUUGCUUCGGAGUUGCCUGCUACGAGGUAGUCAGUGGUCAGCAGCCUUUCGAUUGGGAGAACACCACUGUGUGGGCCAUGAUUAGGAUGAAGUCCUCUGGAGAAGAGCCAUGUACAGUGGGUCCUCAUGACUGCCCGCCGCAGAUGCUGGAGCUGAUGAGGAAGUGCUGUGCCAAAAACCCCGCAGACAGGCCGACCAUGGAAGAUGUCAGCAACAUGUUGCUGCAUCUGCCUGAGCACUGGAGCAGCAUCUCCGAUGAUGCUGGAAACUCUGCUGACAGUGCACAAGAGGGGAGGUUGGAGCGCCCACAACCACUGUACAACCGACGGAUUGUGGGCUUCCUGCAGGAUCUAUUGAGGAAACUGCAGCAAGUUGACAAGCCUGCCACUGCAACAGACUAUGAAUGGGACACCUUUAAGUCACUUAUUGGGAAAGGAGAAAGGCUGGUUGUGACGCACACUACUGAUUUUGACAUCAGGGACUUUGAUUGGCCUCGGAAUGUGUGCGAUCAGGUGGGAAAGAUCUGUGUGGGCCUGAAAGGGACGCUUGGGGCAUGUGGGCUGGGAGUUGCAGAACGCAUCGUGUGCAGCAUAACCAACGAACUGGUGGAAGAAGAUGAGCAGCUGCUGCACAAGCUCCUAAAUUAUGUGUUGAAAGAGGUGCCAUGUGACAUUGAAGAUGGCCUUAAGCAGCGCUGGGAGCACAUAAAGAUGCGCCACGCAGAAAUCUUGCAAUCCGUGGGGAUCGUUGAUGAACAGGCACUUCAAUUGGGAGAAGAGUGCAGUCAAGGGGGCAGGGGGCAAGUGUUCGAAGCAUCUUGGCGAGGGGGAAAGGUAGCAUCGUGGCGGGAGGGGAAGGUUGCCGUCAAGAAGUUCAUCAAUCAGUGGCAGGGCGAAUUGCCAAUUGAGAGCUUUGCCCUGUUCCUCAAACAGGCCAUUUCGCUCUUUGCUUUGAAUGGCAACGAAGGCAUUAUUGCACUGCUUGCGACCACCACUUCAGGUUGGAUGGUCAUGGAAUUGGCAGACACCGAUCUGCACACUCUUUGCCACGAUGGUGGUGAGACAUCCUGGAGAUCGAAGGCCAGUCUGCUGCAGCAGGGGGCUGAAGGGUUGGCCUUCAUGCAUAAACAUGGCUUCGUGCAUGGAGAUGUUAAUUCACGGAGUUUUGUGGUUGUGGGCACGGAACCUGACAACCGCUGCUUGAAAAUCGGUGAUUUUGGACUGUCUUUUGAGACGCCAUCAUCCCUUGAGCGUACAUCGUCCUUCGAAAUUGCUUUGUCCAGGAGCAAGUCAGCAACAUUUGAUAGGGAGAGGAUCCCAUAUGUUGCACCUGAGGUCUUUGACAAUAAACCUAACAGCCAGGAGUCCGACGUUUACGGCUUUGGGGUUGUUUGCUACGAGGUCAUCAGUGGGAAGCAGCCCUACGAUUGGAAGAACAAGAACCUCACUGAACUGAUGGAGAAGAUAGCCCACGGAGAAGUGCCAUGCGAAGUUGCACCUGGUGCUUGCCCUCCACAGAUGAUGGACCUCAUGAAAAAGUGCUGUGCCCUCAAUCCAGCGGAUCGACCGACCAUGGAGUCUGUCAAGAGCAGCUUGCGGCUGAUGCCUGAGGAGUGGAGCCCUGUGGUCAGCAACAAAGGGGGCUGUUUUGACCCGAAGUGCAUCGCCAAUGAAGCACACAGACUUGUGCACACAACGAAAUACAACAAGCAGAUGUUGCUUUUCCUAUGUCAACAGAUGGAAAAUGCAAUGGCACUCGUUGAUGUUGAGAAGUCAGUCUUCCCCUCAAGGGGUGCACUAUGUUCCCCCUUCAAAUCAAGCCUGACACUCAUUACCAGGCACGCCAAGGGCUUCGAUUUUCAGGACUUCUACAUGGUUGAAGAAGCAAAGGAGAUCGUGGAAGACAUCUGUGCAACAGUUCGAGAUAUUCUGAAAGAAUGCAACAUCAAGGGUUAUGCAAGUUUGGAGACACGGAUACCAGGAGAGCGCAUUUCAGAAGACUUGGCAUUCCUAAAAGCGCGCCUCAAUUACAUGUUCGAAGCGCCCAGCGGCAAGCACCUGUCAAAAGCUGUAGAUGAGCUUCGGAUCUCCCCACAAGAGACCCUAUUGCCAUCGACUGAAAAGGAUCCCGUCAUUGAGGCCUGGGAGGAGCUGAGAAGCAAGUUCAUGCGUGACAUCGGGAAGAUCGAAAUCUUGGCAGUCGAAGAUCUUGAGCUGGGUGAAGAGAUAGAAGCAAACGGAAGGAACACUGUUCUAGAGGCUCAAUGGACAACAGACAGUGGCUGCGAGCAAGUUGCAGUGAAGAAGCUGAAUGACGGCUAUGUUUCGCCGGAGCGCCUUGCAAACUUUUUUGGGGAGGUAAUUCUGCAGAGGUCUGUUGCCCACACCUACACCGUUGAGAUUCUGGGGAUCGGCUUGUCUGGCUUCAUUGUGAUGAAGUUAGCGACUGGAAAUUUGUUUGGAUGGUGUCAGCAGCCCAGGGACUGGCCGGAAAAAAUCCGAUUCUUGCUCCAGGCUGCCCUUGGUUUGUUGCAUUUGCAUGAGAACCACUUUGUUCACAGAGACAUCAAACCCGAAAAUUUUCUGGUAUACGAGGACGAGCCUAUCGAGGUGCGGCUCUGCGAUUUUGAAAUGGCCAUCAACCAGAUGGAAGAUCGGACGGUGUCAACGUUGAGGAGCCAACCGGGCACCAAACGGUACCGUGCUCCAGAGUUGCGCCAUGGCAAGCCCCACAGUAGAAUGAGCGAUGUUUUCAGCUUCGGACUGGUCAUGUGUGCGGUAGUGGCCAAUAAGAAGCCCUAUGGACGUGCAACGGAAUACUACAUGGACGCGAUGAAGGCCAAAGGCGAUAUGCCUUGCUUUUUUCCCGAUGAUUGUCCCAAGGAUUUAAAGCAGGUGAUUCGGCAGUGCCUUGCUGUACAUCCUAGGAAUCGGCCAACCAUGAAGGCAGUGGUGGGAGUCCUAGAGGUUCUCAGAAAUGUAAAGGCAUGA